UUACACAUAAAUAAUUAGGCACUUAAUUUUAUUAUUGAUUUUCGUUUUUAAACAGUUACUUUUUUCCAGUGGGAGUACGAAGAAUAUUGAGUUGGAGACUUUGAAAUAUACGUAGCUCGGAGUGUCGGACAUACCUGACAGUAGUAACAGUAAACUUCGUGACGGACAACUUCGAGUACCCUGGAUUGUACGCUGACAACAUUACUGUACCUUGGAUGUUGGAUCGAAAAAAAUAAUUCUUCACUUCCCAGCCAUGCCUGCUCCGCAGCGCUGCGAACCCCUGGAGCAGAUUUUUUGCAAGCAGUGUCAGAAAUGGACGAGUCUUCCCUGUUCUUCGCACGCCAAACGCGUCCGAGAUGCCCCUGUGUUCCCGUAUUCCGUGGCCAGUCUUCCGCCGAUUUUGUAUUUGGACGUACCUCAGCAUGGCCGGGCUGGUAAAGCCGUUUUCGCCAAAGAAGCGAUUCCGCCUCUGACAGUUUUUGGACCAUUAAUCAGUAAAUUCACUACAACGAGACCAGCGAACGUUGCAUUCGCCUGCGGGAGUGCGACAAUGAAAGAACUGCAUUAUUUCCAGCUGGAAUCGGAUCAGACGACCAACUGGAUGAAAUUUGUCAGAUUUGCACAGACUGCGAAGGAACAAAAUUUAGCUGCAUACGAAGUACAAGAAAGGUCUCCGCUGCUGUCGGGUCCGGAUGCUGUUUUCCCUACGCAAAAACACGUGAUAUUCGUUACGACGAGAAUGAUUCGGCCUGGGGAAGAACUGAAGGUGGCCUAUUCCCUGAUUUAUUCCCAAGCGAUCGGCUGUCCCGUUUCCCCGAAGUCUCAAGUUUCUCAACAGACCGGUAAAAAAACAACGCCAGCUAGUCACUCUGAUGGACAGGAUCAUCCAGAUUCUUCAUCCGUUUUCCUGCUUCUCACGGGACCACCCCUCCUACCAAGUGUAGCACAGAGCGCGGCAGAUGACACAGUUAACACACUGCAUCAGGAUCCGGUCCGGAACGUUAAGAAACGACAUUUGCCACAGAAUCACAGUAGACCGCGGUCCCCAUCGAAUGAAAACGUUGUGUCCCUCACAGAUAAGGAAAACCAUACCAGCCAGAUUUCCAUAAUCUCAGACGCGAUGACGGGGAAACGCAGAAAGCUAUCGGAGGAAUCUAUGGACAUGCCCAAUUUCUUGCCGCCUGAUGAAGUCACCGGAAAUUUGCUGGAGGAUUUAGGAUGUGCUAACGCGUGCGGUGUAAGCGCUCUCGCAACGUCGGAUGACCUAGUUGAACCGCAGUUUGUCGCAGUACUCGCCGCUGCCGAUGUUGGGGAAUUCCAUGCCGCUGGGAACGAAAACAUAGAGGAGGAAAUGCCGGAGUUGGAGGUGCCAGUUUUCUCGGAAGACAGUGGCGGAUCCAGCCAGGCGAUGGAAAUUGCGUUACAAAAUAGUCCCGUCGAAGCAUUAGAUGCAUUGAUAGAGAAAAUGAACAGUCUGAAGUCGAGAACCCAUCUCGGACUGCGCAAAACCGGAAUGUGUUUGGUCUGCGGGGCACGAGUGGCGGAUCUGCCCGGCCAUCUGGACAAGAUGCAUACCGAUGAAAACAUCCAAGCUGUGGAUGAUGCGUGUUUCAUCUGUCACAAGAAGUUCAAGAAUCGCUUGGCGUUGGAGAAUCAUUUCAAGAAGGUUCAUCGCGCAAAGGCGGCCGUGCCCGACGCAGCCAGCCAAGCAACGGCUCUGGAAUUUAUGUGCCGAACGGGAUAUUUAAACUACCGCUGCUCCGAAUGCCGGGCCGUGUUUCCAAAUCGAAAACUUCUGGAUCUGCAUGGCUUUAAGCAUAGUCCAGACCAUCUGAUGGAUCAGCAACAACGCCACUGCUCAGAAUGCCCGUAUAUAGCCACGGGAGUUGUCGAUCUCGUGGAGCACAUUGGGCAGCAUGCUUUCUCGCGCAUGACAACACGGCAUUGGUGCCUGCUGUGCGGUGUCACAACCCGCACCACAACACGCAAACACAUGUUUCAAAAGCAUCCGGAAGCCAUGAAGACGAUCAUGGAAGCAUGGCACUACCAGUGCCCGGAGUGCCGUGAAAAGUUCGCCGACAAUUCCGAUCUCAGCGCCCAUGUGUGGAGGGCUCACAAAGGCUGGCAGUGUGUCUACUGCGGAUAUCAUGAGCUCCGGGGGUGGUCGGAUUUCCACGAGCACGCCUCAGCGCACAUGAUGGACCAGUCAUUUCCGUGCCUGGUUUGUAAGGAAUCGUUUCCGGAGUAUCAUCGCCUGUGCAUCCAUAUCCGGGAUUGUCACGAAACCGAACCCCUCCAACAUUCGGAUGUGGUGGCGGUAUCCGAUUCCGCGGCUUCGGCUGCUAAUCCCGCGAUAGUCGAACGCGCCAUCGAGCACAUGCGUACGACGCAAAAGUUCUCCUGCUACUGCGAUAAAUGUGAUCGGCAUUUCGCCAGCUUCGAACUCCUCGAUCUGCACACACUGGGGCACAGUGAGCCGAACGAACCGCAAGACGAUCCGCGUCGGAAUUGUCCCGUCUGCCCGUUCCACGGGGCGAGUUUUGCGGAAUUGGUGCAUCAUACAUCAGAGCACCGUCUCGGAAAGAGAGACUCGCGGCCCUGUCUGAUCUGUGGGCAGAAUGUCGUCGGCAUGCGCGGUCACAUCUCCGAAAAGCACCCCGAUGUGUUGCAGCGAAUUACGGAGACCUGGCAGUAUCAGUGUCCGGAGUGUGGAGAGCGGUUCCCGAGGCGCGGGCCGCUAACGUUCCACACCAAGGUCAAACAUACGGGCUUGCAGUGCCGGUACUGCGCCAGGAUGUUUUCUGCUCCUUCGGUCCUUAGCUUCCAUGUCGUGGAGCACAGUGUGAACGGGGAAUAUCCGUGUCCAGUGUGCGAGAAGAUCCUGCCCACGUAUACACUACUCAACGUGCAUUAUCAGGCGUGCCACGAUGCGACGCGGCUCAAGACGUGCAGUGUGUGUCAGACCACCUGUUUUGGACAGGACAAGUUGGAUGAGCAUAUGGAGUCGUGCCACAGUAAAACCGGCGAAAGGGAUACAAAUACAGCGGCAAGCAACGCCACACCACGUGUCUGUGAAUUUUGUGGAGAGCACUUCAAAACGUAUCAAGUGCUAUACAGUCACCGGCUUAUCGCGCAUCUGGGGAAGGAGGAGAAAAAGCCACCCAGCGUGUGUUUGCCGUGCGACCAGUGUGGCAAGAGUUUUGACAAUAAGGACCGUUUGUGUCGUCAUGUGCGGUGGGUGCAUAUGGGGCAAGCCAAGGAGACGUACGCCCGGAAGCUUGCGGAACGGAAAGCGGCCGGUGUACCCAGCAAGCCCACGCCGCCACCACGGAUUUCCAUGGAUUUGGCGGAUUUCAAGUAUAAGUGCGAGGAAUGCCAGGUGGCCUUUAUGCGGCAGUUUGCGCUGACGAAACACAACGAGUCCCGGCAUCCGGAGACGCUUCAGCACCUGAGCUGCAGUUAAUUCUGUCGGAUUUUUGAGUGCAUAGUUCAGCUUAAUCUCCCGUGCAUUGGUUAGGCAAGAAAUAACCGCAUUAUUUAAUGUACAGUGUCCUAUGGAGAUUGUGCACUGCCGUCAUGCAUGUGCUAUUUUUAUCGUUGGCCUAAAAAGCUGGUUUGAUAAAAUUAUGAGCCAUGGAUGUCCUUGUUCCGACUGAAAAUCGUGUUCAAAUAUUUGUUGCUUUACUUUUUUACAUGUUGAUAUAUUGUGGCAGACUUGUGAUCAUGGGGGUUUGGUCUGCUCAGAAUUAAUAAGCAAUAAACGAAACUAC